AUGGAUUAUAACAACAAUGACGGUGGUGCUAGGGAGCCAUGGGAUUGGCAAGGGGAGAAUUAUAGUCUUGAAAAGACUUCUGGUUUUGAAAUUUCAGAAGAUAUGUGGAAUGAUGUGCCUCAAAAUAAAGAAGAUCUUUCAUACAUGUUGGAUGAUGAAACAACCCCAGUUAAGGCUUGUGGUGAUUUGGCAUAUAAUGUCAAUAAUGGUGAUCCAGAUAAUAUGCAAAAGGAACUAGAGGAAUGUAGGGAGACUUAUUCGCAAGUCAAGAGGCGGCGGAUGCUACAGUUCAACAGCCAAGAUAGUGAUCAAUCUCUAUCCAAUGAAGAGAUGUCUCUGUCAUAUUUUCAAAACGGAAAGGAGGACCCGGUUAAGGAUAUUUUUCCGGAAGUGUCGCAGUGGAUGUCAGGGGCAUCAGAUUACACAAUAGGAAAUGCAUCUGCAUCUGAUUAUGUGAACCUGGAAUCAACUGAAACGUGGCUUGCGGAAUACUUCAAUGAUACUGAGAUGGAUUUCAGUCCUGAUGAAUUGAAUUUUUCUGGGGCAGAUGAUGUUCAAAUUGAUGUUGCAGAGCUUAGUACCAUCACACCACCACGUCAACAAAAUGCUGUUCAAAUGCAUGUCCCUCGCACCACCCGAAAUAUUAUCAUCAAAGGUAGGAAAUCUUUUAUUCAUACCCCUACGAAGCUGGCCUCUUCUGUGGCAUAUCCAUUUGCCUUCAUCAAACCAAGUGGUGCCCAUGGAGAUGUAACUCUGAAGGAAAUAAACCAGCGCAUUCGAACGCCGGCACCAUCCAAAUCGAAUCAAAGUAUUGAUGACCCAUCUGCUUACCCCAAGUCAGCCUUCUCAGGGAAGCCUGUGGUUGGUAAAACAAAAAUUCGCACCGAAGGGGGGAAAGGUAGCAUCACCAUUAUGAGAACAAAAGGUUAG